UUGGGGACUUCUCGUGGGGAACUUCCUGGAGGGCCACCCUCGGUCGCCGAGGCCACCCUUCCUGCAGCUCUGGGCCGAUAGGACCUCGCGGGCCCCUUGCCAUGUCGCGGCUCCUGAUCCGCGGGGGUCGCGUGGUCAACGAUGACCUCUCGCAGGUGACAGACGUGCUGGUGGAGGACGGCGUGGUGCGGGCGCUCGGCCGCGACCUGCUGCCGCCGGAGGGAGCGCCCACGGGGCUGCGGGUCAUCGACGCGGCGGGCAAGCUCGUCCUGCCCGGCGGCAUCGACACGCACACGCACUUGCAGUUCCCCUUCAUGGGCUCGCGCUCGGUCGACGACUUCCACCAGGGCACCAAGGCUGCUCUGGCGGGAGGCACCACCAUGAUCAUUGAUUUUGCCAUCCCUCAGAAGGGUGGCUCCCUCCUUGAGGCCUUUGAGACCUGGCGCAGCUGGGCUGACCCGAAAGUCUGCUGUGACUACAGCCUCCACGUGGCUGUGACAUGGUGGAGUGACCAGGUUAAAGAAGAAAUGAAAAUCCUUGCCAGAGAUAAAGGUGUCAACUCUUUCAAGAUGUUUAUGGCCUAUAGAGAUCUGUACAUGGUGGGAGAUAAGGAGCUGUACGCAGCCUUCUCUCAGUGCAAGGAAAUUGGUGCAAUUGCUCAGGUACAUGCAGAAAAUGGAGACUUAAUUGCAGAGGAGGCAAAGAAGAUGCUGGCACUGGGGAUAACAGGCCCCGAGGGCCACGAGCUGUGCCGACCAGAAGCCGUGGAGGCAGAGGCCACGCUGAGAGCCAUCACCAUAGCCAGCGCUGUGAACUGCCCUCUCUAUGUGGUGCACGUGAUGAGUAAAUCUGCAGCCAAGGUGAUCGCAGAUGCAAGGAGAGAUGGGAAGGUGGUCUAUGGAGAACCUAUAGCAGCAGGUCUGGGCACUGAUGGCACUCACUACUGGAAUAAGGAAUGGCACCAUGCAGCCCACUACGUCAUGGGUCCACCUCUGAGACCAGACCCUUCAACUCCUGGCUUUCUCAUGAAUCUGUUGGCUAAUGAUGACCUGACCACAACAGGGACUGACAACUGCACUUUCAACACGUGCCAGAAAGCUCUUGGGAAGGAUGAUUUUACUAAAAUUCCCAAUGGGGUGAAUGGUGUUGAGGACCGGAUGUCAGUCAUAUGGGAAAAAGGCGUGCAUAGUGGUAAAAUGGACGAAAACCGAUUUGUGGCAGUUACUAGCACAAAUGCAGCCAAAAUAUUUAAUCUUUACCCAAGAAAAGGAAGAAUAGCUGUAGGAUCAGAUGCUGACAUAGUGAUUUGGGACCCAAAAGCCACAAGGACUAUCUCAGCUAAGACUCAUCACCAGGCUGUUGACUUCAACAUCUUCGAGGGCAUGGUUUGCCACGGGGUCCCCCUGGUAACCAUUUCAAGGGGCAAAGUGGUGUAUGAAGCUGGAGUUCUCAAUGUCACAGCAGGAGAAGGGAAGUUCAUUCCACGCAAACCUUUCGCUGAGUAUGUUUACCAACGAAUCCAGCAACGAGACCAGACUUGCACACCUGUGCCGGUGGAGCGAGAACCCUAUAAGGGAGAGGUCAGCAAAUUGAAACCCAGAGACUCCACAGUGGGGACCAGGAAGCAGGACCACCCCUGAUUUGGUGCUGUGAGUAAUGAAGAGUGGGCGGAGAAAGUAUUCCUGUGUGACAAUCAGCAUAUAAAUGUCAGCAUGUGAAAUUGGCCUCUCUCCCUUCACAAGCCUUUGAAGAGUCCAAGGUCAAAGGCUUCAAAGUGAUGAAAAAUGCAAGGACAGUUAAGCUAAGAAGAGACUGAUAAGAGACCUGUUGGUGUAGAACAGUGAGAUGAGCCUUCGGGAUUAAAGAAGGUCUUGAGGGUAAUGGCAAGGAACAUUCCCCAGAGAAUCUACCACAAGUAAGAAGCAGUGGGUCGGAAGCAUACAGAGGGCCCUGUUACUGCACUACUUACAACAAGGAGUAUCAUUUCAUGGUCAAAAUUUAUAAACCAAUUACAACUUUAUAUGGAACAAUGAAUCUUUGUAUGGUAAAUUCCACUGGGUUCUAGAAUUUAGAAUGCAUGAAAAAUGAAUGUUGUUUUCAGGAAUGUAAUUUUCAGAAAAAUUAUUUGAUAGUAUUUGAUGCACUUUUUUCCAUGCUUAAUUUUUGGAAUAUAGACACGAUCAUUUUUGAAAAGAUGUUUGAGUGCUUCAUCAGGUGCCCCUCAUUCUUUUUGACACACAUAUGUUUCUGUCUUGGAGCACCUGUGAUCACAUCCUUGUCAAUGUUUUUUCUCCUUAAUUGUUUUCUAAUCCUGUUCUGUCAUAUCCCUAUUUAACAACAGUGGCCUUGUUAUGAUUUUAGAAUCUCUCUACCAUCACUUUUACUGACUUCAUCAAAUAAAUGCAUUUUUCCAGUUUUGUAAUUUCACUAGGUUCUGAAACUUUUAAAAAUUUAUUUCAUGAUAUGUUUUCAGAUACUUCAACAUGUACCAAUCUGCAAGAGACUUUAACCUAGGGUUGACCUGAUGGAUAGGGCCAGAGGUUUGUGCUAAUCAGGGGCUCUGCUUGACAAAGGUCUGGUUUUCUAUGUGCUCAGGCAUUGCACAUAGUCAUAUUUUGGCAGGCUGUGCUUCCCUACAAAACCCCCAUGGCUGCAGGGAUGUGGAUGAUGAAUCCUUGAAUAACCAAGCCCUCUGUCCCACAUGCUGUGCAUGUUGUCAAUCUUGAACUUUUUCUAGCCCCAAGUUUCAGUGUUUUUAUUGUUUCUACAUUACUGAAAUUAUUCUUCCAAUUCAAUAAGAUCGUAUUAAAAGAUUCAGAAGAAGAUUAGCAAGGGAUGGAAAUGCUACUGAAAACUAUCACAUGCUAUGAACUGCAUUUGUAGGAGCGGGCUUAGUGUUUACUUUGAUUGGAGUGUUUCUUGGGGUUAGCUUGAAUUCUGCCUCUCUUUGUGGGGGAGAAUGCUACACUAGUUGCUUUUAUUCUCUUCAAAGGUAAAAUCAGAGGAAAGGAUGCUGUGCUCCCCUCACAGCCACACGUCCUCAGCCCGUGGAGACCCAGGCCUUAUUUCAACUCCCCAAGAUCCUUUAGGAAAAAUAAUCGCUCUGGGCCUCUUUGAUUUUCUUUCAACAGCAAUUGCUGUCUUCCUUACUAUGCCAUUGUUGUUGCCUAAGAUUGAAGAUAUAAAUGAAUAUUAUUGUGUUGGAAAGUCUGUCUGAAAAUUCAUUGAUGAUGCUUUAAAAUUUUUGUUUGCACUAGAUUUCUUUGAAUUUGAAAACAUCACUUUCUUGUUUAACAGAUUUUUUUUUUUUCAUUUUAGUGGCUACAUUUGUUUUGAAACUGCACUGCGAUUUUACAUUUUAUUGGAAUUAAUAAACGUUGAGAUCUUCAUUUGA